UUUUUCCUCUGCUCUAGCUCUAUAAUCUCCAUCAGUGAUUCGAGUCAACUCCGUCCCACCCAAUUCUAGAGUCCAGCUUACCAAACAACAAGAUCUCGACGGCGACCUACCACCCAACCGAGCAAUUCUAUCCUUCUCCUUACCGGAGCUCUAGCGUCGCCGCAGCUUCUUAGUCAAAUGCCCCUGGUCAGUGUGUCAUUUGCCCGUUCCUCAAAACCCUAGACCAAGGGCAUUUUGAGCUAGAUAUGGGCCGAGAUAGGGAAUCAGCCGCCGCGGCCGACGCCGAUGGUCGGGGUGGGCGAACAGAGCUGAAUCGGCCGAGAUACGUGACACUCCCGAUCAUAUUGGUGUUCGCCUUGAUCGGGUAUGUCUACUACGUGACUGUGUUCUGUGUGAUAGAGGAUUGGUUAGGACUGAGGACGGCUUCGGGAUUGGGGAACGCUGCCACCUUUACAGCGUUCGCGAUUAUGUGCCUCACCACUUACGCGAUUGCGGUUCUCAGAGAUGCGGGCCAUGUCCCUUCGUCCUUUUUGCCCGACAUGGAAGAUCCUCAGGUCGUGGUCCACGAGAUCAAGAGGAAGGGUGGAGAUUUGAGAUACUGUCAGAAAUGUUCCCACUACAAGCCUCCACGAGCUCAUCAUUGUCGUGUUUGUAAAAGGUGUGUUUUGAGGAUGGAUCAUCACUGUGUCUGGAUAAACAAUUGUGUUGGCCAUGCAAAUUACAAGGUUUUCUUUGUUUUCAUGCUAUACACUGUAAUUGCUUGCAUCCACUCAUUGGCUCUGCUUCUUGGAUUUGCUUAUGAUGUCCAUAAAGGUCAAAUACACAGUGGUGGCUCUCUAAAGACUUCGCAUAUCAUCUAUGGAGUUCUGCUAUUCCCAUUAACCCUUGCAGUUAGCAUACUUUUGGGAUGGCAUAUCUACUUGGUCGCACAAAACAAGACGACAAUAGAGCAUUAUGAAGGAGUAAGAGCAACGUGGCUUGCAAAGAAAGCUGGGAAUGUCUAUGCACAUCCUUAUGACCUUGGUACAUAUGAGAAUCUCGUACUGGUGCUUGGAUCUAAUAUUCUCUGCUGGAUUUGUCCCACAUCAAGCCACAUCGGUUCUGGUCUCCACUUUCCCUCAUCUUAUCACAGCAGGCUUGAAACCAUGCCAAGAUAACGGCGAAUUAUUACGUCCGGCAUCCGAACCGUCCGGAGGCAAAUCCGGACGCGCCACGU